UAAAAGUUUAAUUUUGUACCACUAGCAUUAAUUAAUGUUCCACUUCAACUGUAUUUAUUUUCAUUUUGGGCUUCCCUUGAAGAUCACAAAGCAGAAGGAGAAAUUCCAUCUCCAUGGCUCUUCUCCUGGGUAGCUCUCUUUCUAUGCCAAAAACCUGGCUCCAAACACCACACUUCAGAACCUAUCAGAAGAAGACAUUGGUGAUAGAAUGUGCAAAACCUCCAAGACCAAAGACUAGGUCCGGGAAGCCACCACAAAUCAACAGAGGGAGGUCCAAGGCCAUGGAUAGGAGCAUGAUGGAGGGGAUCAACAAUUCUCUUCACAGUUCAAGUAAUAACAUGAAGGAAAGAAAGAAAACAAAUGAAGAAAUAGAUGAUCAUGAUGGCACUGCUGAGAAACAUGAGGCAGCCGAUUGAAGGGUUAUUUUUAGUUGGGGAGACUGUGUACUUUGUUCUUGGAGUGUUUUAAGAAAGAUAAAAGAGUUUGUCUGUUUUGUGCUAUGUUGGUGUUGGCAAUGUUGAUGUUAGGUUUGUCUGUUUGCAUUAGUCUUGUGGUUAAUUGUAAUAAUGUAGACAGCUAAUUAUCACUAGAAGCUGUUUAGUAAGAAAUUGCAUGAUUACUAAGGUGAUUUUAAGUUCGAAUUCUUAAGUGGCAAGCCAUUUUUUUUCUUUUUACGGUAAACCGUGUAUGAAAGUAUAAUUUAUAUAAAUAUUAGCAUACAAAUGUGACGUUUUAUGA